UUGCAAAACUAUUGACAAUCUGCAAUUUAUAUAAAAGAGUUGUAAAAGUAUUGGUAUGGGUUUAUUUUGUUAAGUUUAGCUUUAUUUUAUGGUAUCAUGCUCGGUUUGGAUUACUUAGUACAUAGCAAAUGUUAUUUUUCAAUUUUUUAUGCUUGUUUUACCUGAUGGUGCUUAUUGACAGCCACACAAUAUCUAAAAGUAUCGCAAAAGACGAUGAAAUUAUAAAUGUAGUCGACAGUAUACAUGAUUUAGAAAAUGACAAAGAACAUGAUGUUAAACAAAAUAGAUUUCACAUCAGGAACGGAUACCAGGAGGAGCCCCUCAACUUCCACAAGUCGUGGACACCCAAAUAUACCAAGUUAGAUACGUCCCUGUUGGCUUCCGAUACUGUUAAUGUAACUAAGUACGUGCAAGUAACGGGUAAGAGCAAUCAAGCUAUAGUAACUAAAUCGCAUAGAAAAGGUUUUUUCGAAAGACUAUUGGAUAGACUAAAAGGAAAAAAAAAGAAACAAUUCAUUUCCAAUGACAUGAUGGCACGAAUCCGGAUACAAAGCACUGCGCCGCGAGCCCAGAAGCACCCCCUGCUGCUGGCUGAGAAAAGAGAUAACAUUACUAAAGACAUUGACAAAUCUUAUAUGCUGCUCAAACAACGAAGCAAAAGAAAGACGCGACGCUGCAGAUUAUUCAAACGACAAGAUGAUUCUGUAAGGAAAACGGCGCGAAAAGUUAUAAACUAUGACAGCUCUAAUAAAAGUUGCACCAGUACUGAUAUAGCACCUGUUGUUACUGAUAAAUUAAAAAAAGAUAAAAGACGUUGGUUAAACGAUAACUACACAUGGAGAAAUAACUUUCCGUUCACGACGAUGAGGCCGAGCCAACAGACGUUCACACACGGCGAGGAUUUGUCUUUAACAGAGUUAACAACUAAAAUAGAACAUUUAAAAGAAAUAUAUAACAUGAAAACGGAUCCCUACACAAAUUUAAUGUCUGUUAUGUUGAAUCCCAACGGGGCGUACAAUUUUAAUAAAUAUACAACACCGCUAGCCGAGGAGAUGGACAACAAAUACAUGGUUGAAACAUCCGAAAUCGAAGCUAUAUUGAAUAAUAUUAAAAUGAACGCAAUCGAGACAAUUACGAAAGGAUUCGUCACCGAGCUCGGCAUCAUUCCGUUCUCUUAUCGAAGUACUAAAUCUGCGAAAUUUAAAAAUAAUAUGAAACGCAACUUAAAUACGAGUAGCAACAUAUCGAACUAUGUUAAUGUGGACGAACUGAAGAAAACGUUAACAAAGGUAAAAAGUCAAUUAUGUAAAGAAAUUAAAGUUAGUGAGGGUGUUAUAAGAAAUGAAACUAAGUAUUGGUAUAACAAACUAAGAGGCUGCAGCGCGCACAAUGCCGCUCCCGCUAAUAAAACUAGUAACAGAAAUAUUUUUAUUGAUUACGAUAUGUUUAGAAACUCUCCAAUGCGUUAUAAAAAGUUCUCAGCGAUAAACAAUACCGGAAGCCCUCGUGACGUAAACGACACCUCUACGCAACCUCCCGAUGACGAUGAUUAUGACCUGAUCACUAAGUCUGAAUUGCUAUUAAAAGAUUUAUACCAAGAACACCCCAUGUUAUUUUCCACAUCUAAAAGCGGUGGUCAAUACUCCGAGCACAACACUAAGUCCAGUAGAAAUGAAAUAGUUUUAACUAACUUGCAGAGAAAGACGUCGGAGGAUGCGGCGGGCUAUGGCGCGGCGGUCGACACCAGCCGGCAAGAGGAGUACGAAAACGAAGUAGACAACGAUAAGCCCCUUGAAAAUAUGGAAAUCAAUACUCAACCGGCUAAUCCUUUGACGACCGAGUUUAAAGAUUUGGCAGAAAAAUUAUACUACAACGAUUACGUGAAUGGCUACAAACACUACCUGAAGUUUCAACAGGAACAAGGCGUACAAAAUUACUCUAAUUUAGUGCGGUACCAGGCGCACAGACAUCAUAGCGUCGACGACAUCGGCAAGUUCAUUCUGAACAAGCUGCCGACGGUACCAAAGCGCGACAAGAGGGCGUUCAACGACGCCGCAGAGACAACAGAGGAUCAAGACAUAUCGACGAAGAGCGAGGAAUCUUGGUUCAAGAAGCAUUUUUAUGUAUUUAUCGAUUCCGGUCAGCCGAAAAAGUAUCAUUCUUCGCAGACUGUAUCGCUAAGGCCUUUAGUUACAACCAAAAACAAGUUCGAAUCGUCUCGAUCCAGCUCCAAUGUUAUGAGCGACAACGAUAACCUGAUAGCCACCACCGAUCAGCAGAGGCAGAGCGAGGACGCGGACUUGGACCAGCUGGCGAACGUCUUAAAAAUGUACAAAACUCAAACAACAUCAGCAAUGGAGAAAGUUUUAAAGCACGGUCUGAAGAUGGGAUGUGAGAGCAAUAAUAUAGCCGAAAAUGUUAACACAAAACUUUAUGAUAGGGAUGAAAAAUAUGAUGAUAAAUAUGAUAAAAACUCGACUACAGAGGUCAACAUAGACUUGCUGCUAGAAAGUGUUUUGCACAGACCAGUCCGGAACUUACAUAAUGACGUUCCCGAUAAUGAAUACCAACUGUAUCGCAGUUAUUUACCAGAUCUCGAGUUGGACGCCUUGAAAGAGUUGUCGUCGGAGCGGUCGCGGAAAUUGAAAAAGAAAUCGGGGAAGUACGCAUACGUGGACCUGAACGUGGUGACUCAGCCGACAGCCGUCGUCAACCUGAGGAACACCGGACACGACAGCAAGCUAAGAAAGUUUUUUAACCGUCUUCGUUUUCGAUUUCACAAAAACAAGAGCAAUCAAAAGUCGAUACUCAAAAAGCGGGAUUCGCCGCGAACCAUAAAGAGUUUAAAUCCUUUGAAGAAGUUAAAAAAAAUGUUUAACGUGCGAAUCGACGGGAAACCGGACGUAGUUCUGAGUAAAAUGUUCGACUACGAUAUGCUCGACACCCACGUCAACCAGUUCAAGUCUAUGAAGUUCAACAAGCCUCCGCCGAAUCUAGACGAUAUAAAGAUGGAUAUACCGACCGUUAUCCCGGAGUCGUCGAAAUUAAAGAGUUUUACAAAAGAUCUGCCCUUUAAGACCACUGUACCAAAGAAAUUCUUCCCCCACGCAGGAACUGCCGAAAAAAACGAUGUCCCUUGUAGUAAUGAAACUGUGAUGACCGAACCGUGUCCCAUACUGAUGACCACCAAAGCAACUCCGCCGCCCACAUCUACGAUUUACAGAACACUGACCGGCAGCGCAAGAAAUAGACCGGACAUCAACGAUGCUGACUUUAUCAACAUUAAAGUAACAACCGUCAAGACGUUGAACGAUUAUACAACGCCGGGUAUGUACGACUUCGCCGUGUCACCGUACAAGGCUGUCAGAAACAAAAUGAAUGAUAUAAAUCUGAUCAGAAGAUUCACAGCCCUCGUGAGACCUAACAAAAUGGCUAAAGAAAAUCUGCAACGUGUUUAUUUAAGCUCAAUAAAUUCGGACGAUGAAAUAAUCGAUACCAGUAAAUUUAAACACAGCGAAAUAACACACAGCAGAGUACUUCCCACAACACAAUCCCACUUCUUUUCUUAUAUACAAUUAAAUGAUGAUAAUCAGCCUUACAAUAUAGACAACUCGAGCGCCGUCGACGACAACGUGCGUCAGGCGCAGCUCGUCACGAUGCCCUUGUAUGAGGUGUCGCCCAGGAUGAAGAAACAUCGCUUAGUAAGCAGCAAGAGGCGAAAAUACUCAAACUCGAGGAGAAGGUAUCAAACGACGCCCAAUUACCUCAAUGAUUUAGAAAUGUGGCACAACGAUAUUUUAGACUCUGAUAAAUAUACCACUUGGCAAAAUAUACUAAAGAACAUACAACAGCCGUAUAUGUACAAGCCCCCCGAUAUGAUGGCCCUAAAAAGUGAGCUACACAGGCUGGACAAGCUGCUGGACAUCAGGAGACCGGUGGGUGGGGAGAAGUUGAAGAGUAAAAUUAAACAGUUUGAUCAGGCGACCCAAAUUAACAAAACUUGCCCCAAGAAAGCGGAAACGAAUGAAGAGUUUUUGAUUAAAAAAAUGGAAAAGAGUUUUGGUGACGAGAAUCAUAAAAUAAAACGUCGUAACAUUCCCAGCGGCGAGAUGCAACCGUUGACUCGAAGCGAAGUACGUCUAGAAGUGCCCGGACUACUGAGCACGCAGUACCGCGGUAUUCUGCAUCCUAGUUUUUUCGUAACGCACAGCGUUCAAAUUGAGGAUCCUGCUAAAAGCAAGUCUGAUCAAGGUAAUUCAAAUGGGAAAGAAAGCGCCACCGCUUCGGACAUUAUGUCGUUCGACACCACUUUGUUGGCUUAUGAUGAUAGCGUAAAUAUAUUAAAAGAAGUUAGAGACGAAACGACUACAAAGGCUCCACACCAUGUCUUAUCUCCUGUCAACAUCCUAACAAAACUACACAAGGUUCCCGAGCAACACUUCUCUACGCCUCUACCGAUGAGGAAUGAGGAUUUUGAAAAUUUCCUUCGAGAUAACAACAUCGAUGUAAAGUCAGUCACCUCUCCUGUUUAUUUUCCCUCGCCCGAAGGUUUCAAGACUGAUCUGCAAGCGAAAGGUUCCGUUCUAUCAUUAGAUCCCAUUAUGUACAACCAAACGACAGAAGGCGUUCAUGUGCUGGACCCGAAGAAUGCGACCCAAGGCACGAAUCGAAGUACCGCUGCAACGCCUAAGAAAAAAAUGGGUAGGUAUAAUAAUAAUGAAUUGGCAACAGAAAUAGAAAAUAAGUAUUACCAUGGAUUCACUGCCGACAUUAAAAAUAAUUCAAAUGCUAAAAGAAUGAAAAGAAGCAUCAUAAAAGCACCUUACAGAGGGUUGCCUUCGCUAGACUAUCUAGGUGCCGAACUUUUUAACAAAUACAUUAAACUAAAACCUCCUCUUAAAAAUAAUAGUAGACAACAUUCUCAGUCGACAGAAUCUACUGGCAAUUUUACAGCUAAAACAGUCGAUGAAGAUAGCGAAUACUUUUUUGAUACUUUGGAAGAUCAACUCAAUUUCGGGAAACUCGAUAUGACUCAUGAUAUUCUCAACGGUCCUACGAUUGAGGAUAAUGAAGACAGUGGAAAUUUACAGAGUCAGCAUCUACAAGAACAUAACUUAAAGCUUACUCACAAAUUUAUUGACGUCUUUCCGACUGAAAAUAAAAUAAAAAUCAAUAUUUCAGAGCUAUCUAAAACGUUCUCAGAAGUAAUACCGAUAAAUAAAAUGGACGAUGGUCGUCCUAGAGCAACAACAGACAAAUACAAGCUGUCCUACUCUCCCUUGGUGCAUAACAACUUGCUGUAUCAUUCCAAAUCUGAUAAAAAACAAGAAGGAAUCGGCAAAGAAAAAAAUACAGCGGCCGACUCAUACAAACAGAGCAAAGGAAAUGGUGACUUCAUCGAUCAGUCAGAUUCAAAGCAGAGUAACAAAAAUUACUUUGAUUAUGAUUUAUAUACAAAUCCAAAAAAAGUAGAUGUAACAACAAAAUCAUCGAAAUAUGACUUUAUAUUGGAUGAAAUGACUUCUAACAAAAUAAAGGAUAAAAGAAAUGGCAAACAUGAUAUAUCAUCACAACGAUUAAAAGUAUUUGGAAACUCUGGUUUUUAUUCUAAGAAUAUACAAGAAUUUAUAAAAGAAAGAGGUGUUGAGCAUCGUGGACCAAGGAGACGACGUAAACGCAAGAGACGACAGAUGAUACCCGACCAAGAAAGUAGAGUUGCCGAACCGCGCUCCGCGAUGGAUUUGAUGUCAGGCGAUCGUAUCAGGAGAAUACCGAGCGCUGAUGGAGACCGCAACGAAGUAACAGAUUCAAAAACAUCGCAAAAAACAACAAUGGAGCCGAGGAGGGGUACUAUAAUAUACGAUCUAAAACAGUUGAGUCGUCCGCGUGCCAUUACUAUGAAAACGCGUCGUGGACCCUUUAAAAAAGGCACGUCAGUAUUCGCAAUGGAGCAGAAUCAGAUUGAGGUGUCGAUCAAUGAUUCCGUUCCAAUCAUCAUCCCCUCGACCACUGCCAGGAGAUCAAUGGUCACCACAACCCCCACAGCCACCACAAAGAGCACGGUGACUGUUUCUCUGAAGUCGAGCCGCUCUACAACUACGGCCGCACCAAAAAUUACAACAUUGUGCAAGAGUCCUUAUACAACGAAGCGCGGAGAUAAACCUACAACCCCAUCCACAAAUGCGACAACAACAACGGAGAAACCAGUGAAGGUUACUGAAUGCACCAGUGGUCAUACACAACCUAACGUUGCGAAAGAAAAAUUAACGAAAACCACUACACCUGUUACAACGCGCACAAAACUAAAUCCUAAACAAACAUUUAAAACUAAAACCAGCGAUCAUCGUUUCGUCAUAAUAACAACGAAAAUAUUCUCAAAAAAGAUUGAAAACAAACAGUACAAUGAUGGUCUGGUAACAAACGCAUUACCGCUACCAACGAUAUCGAUGGCUAAGUUGUCAAAUGAGAACGUAACCACCGCCGCUGCUGAAGUGGUCAAGACGAAGAAAAGUAGCUGCUCAACGAUCAACUCGACCCUGCCUUCGUUAAAGAUAACCGUAGCCACCUCGCCGACCGUACCCACAUUGACCUCGAGCACCACCACAGAGAGCCCGCCUAAGACCAGCUCUACGCCUUUCACAACAGAUGAUUUGAAAGAAUUAGAUGAGGAGAGUUUAUAUAUAACUAGCAAUUAUUAUGAUUACCACACAGCAGACAUGGAUUACAACGAAGAUGAAAAUAAAUUUGACACAACAACAAAAAUAAGAAAUAAUACAACAAAUAAGCAUUUGAAACGCGAUAUAAAAUCACAGAAUACUUUUACUGCCAAAGACGUUGCAGCCAUCGAAGUUAUUGUAGAUUUAAUGCGGAAGAAUCGAAACCUAAAUGAGAACGAAAUAGUUGGGGCGUUCAAUGAAAUCGCAAAUAAAUCAACGAUUGCGGAACAAUCAACAAAAGCAACUCAAGCUUAUAUGAAAUCCAGUGAUGGCAUCAGUAAUUCUAUUCAAGUCCACAUUGCUAUCCCGUGCAACAUAUCAAUAGAUAAAAGGAGAUCAUUAAGUGAACCAGUCCGAAUCAGGAAAGUGUUUACAGCCAGAUUAUCCACACCUGUCGACAUUGAGUACCAAAUACACUCAGUGGAGGAUGUAGACCCAGUGCCUACUGAAGCUGCAUUUGUUAUUCCUGCAAAAAAUAUAACAUGCAAUACAAACACUUCAGACGUACCAAAUGCGAAUAACUUAAAAAAUUGCACGUUCACUGUUAUAAAUGAAAUAACACAGAGAGCAGAAAAACUAUCUCCCGGAUUGUAUGUGCUUGUAGAAAAUCAAUCAAUUCCAGAUGGUCAAUUUAUUUUAAAACCCGUCGAUAGUAAACUUUUGUCUGAUUACAAAAUUAAAGAUAACGUAAUGGUGACGCCGAAAGCAAUAACCUCAGCUAACCCAAAUAAUUUGAGUAAGGUGACGUUGAGUAAAGAUUUUAUAGCAGUUAUCAACAAACAUCUGAUAGAACUGUAUCAAUACUUAAUGACCACAAAAGAACAUAAAAGAAAACUAAGAAGAGUCGAUGAUGUGAAACUGAAGCGAAGCGCGACAAUUAAUCGCCUUAGACACAGAAGGGAAAUAAAUUGGGAUACUAUAAAAAAAUACAUAGGUCAUGAUAAAGUUUGUCACUGUCAUUGCAAACCAAAUCGUACGAUGUGUCGCGCGUGCGCAGCAAGCGAUGCCGUUAUUUCCGAAUUAAUAUUUGAAUUAGAUAACUUGGCACAAUAUAUGAAUGAUCAUUGUACUGAAAUUCAAACUUACUUUUGGGUAAAUCCCAGCGGUGGCAGAAAGCUAAGAGAUGCUGUGCAUAGAAUAGACAAAACUUUAUAUGACUAUUUCAAAAGAGUGUCUGGAAAAUGUAAAGGUCGCCCUUGCAAAGUGUUCAUGUACAUGGAUAAACGUGACUAUGUAAAUCCCGAUAACAAAAGUAAUUACAUUGGUGAGCCUUUGAUACAUGAUGUAGAAAAAUUAGCAGACCAUUUAGAAAAGGCUUUAAGAUUUAACAUAGGCGAUGAGAAUCUUUUAGACAGCGGCACUAAAUGUCUUGAUGUUAUUACAAAAUGCAUGCAUUUAAAAUCAUUCAAUAAAAGAGCUAACGAAGGUGAAACUAGACGUAUUAAAAAUGUGUACUCGUUAGAUAAUGUUAAUGUAAACAUUAUUUGUAAAUCUGACAAAUUAGAGAGUACGCAGAAAAAUCUAUUUGACUCAACAAUAGCGAGUCCGCCAUAUUUAGCUGCAUCGUCUGGCAUGUUUUAUUACGAUGACACGGGAGAUUAUAUUAAAGAUGAAGUUAAGAAAAAGGGAAUUAAAUCUCUUCUAAUGCUUAGAGGUUAUCCGAAGAAAAAGAGGAAGGAUAAAAGUCAUUGGUUUCCAUAUAAUGUUACACCUUCCAUUGGAAAUAUAGCUAAGAAAAAUGUAAAAAAAAGACAUGUGUCAAACAAUUACCAAAUCGAAUCACCACUGAACGAAGAGGGAAUCGAAUCAAAGUGGUACAAUUUUUUGAAAGCUAAAAAAUAUCGAGAUCAAUUAAUAGACGAAACUACUAACGUAGAUGACAAUUUCAAAUAUAUAGCGAAUGAUAAUAACACGGAAAAUGCUACCACAACAACUGUUGAAAAUUCUAACAAAUACGACAGCUUCGAUCCAGACGACGCCACCGUACAAAGCAUCGAUCAAUAUUACAGCAUCGCCGCUUAUACUCUUUAUAAAAAAGUACUAUCAGAUGUGACACACCCAAAAAAAAGAAUGAAAAUGAAUUCGAUACAACCCCUCAAAUCUAAAAUAAAGGUCUCGCCAUCUCAUCCCGGAAUAAACGAUUUUACACCGUACAACGCAAUAAAACCUUCCAGUGCCAAAGUUAGGACAAUUCAAAAUAAGAAAACUACUCGUAUGCAAAACGCUGCUACGACAAAAUACCACAACAAAAACCUCCACGCAAAUAGUAGAAAUAUUACAAAAGACGCUAAUUUAAUUUCAGUUACAAAUGCUGUGAAUAAUUACGAGGAAAAUUUACGUAAAAAUUUACAGAAGUAUAGCUUUAGCAGGCUCAAAGAAUCUACAAUUAAUUACUUAGACGCAUCAAACAGUACCCGCAAUCUUGUAAGUACCGCGACUACUCCGAUCCCGGGCCACAAACAGACCACUGCCACAAAUACCAUUACUAUAAGAAGUUCUUUUACUAAGAAAAGACCAGCAAUGAAGUCACAUAAACUUAACAAUAAAGAUGACGUCACAAUACGCGGUCCAGCCAGCAGCACUAACAUACCUUCGACCCCUAAACGAAAUUUAGUUAAAGUGCCUCUGAAAAACACUCUGUCAAAGGACGAAUUGUUGUUCGGCGGAACUACUGUGAAUGCCGUCACUAAAGAUAAUAAAGAACUACUUUUGUCUAUUCUUGAUUUCGAGACAAAUAAACUUAACGAAGAGUGGCAAAGAAUUGCUUUGAGAAAAACAGCUGAGGACUACGUGGAUGACGAUGCACAAUCCUUUAUUAAGCUUCAUUCGGAGGUUUUCAUGUCUAAUGAGAAACCCCAACAGCAUAAAGAACCAGAUCGCAAAUGUGAUCACAAAGAGGUUGAUCGUAAAGAAGGUAAGUCGGUGACCGCUUUGAACAUGGGCCACGGUGUUGUGCCUGACAAGAGUCCAUAUAACAAGCACAACCACGUGGAGCACAAGCCACAACUGGUGACGAAGACAACGCCGGCGGUCAAGCACCACAAGCCGCCGGCGAGUCCAGCGACCGACACCUACUAUGACAUACGAAAGGACCUGCCCGCCAUAGAACUGCAGCCGCCGCCCGACGCAUACCAUACAAAACCAAGUCACGGCUUGUUGGACAAGUUCCUCGAUAAAUUCAAAUUUAAAAUGCUUCCCGGGAGCAAAAAGGAAAAGGUAGCCAAAACUCACCAAAACGGACCGAAAGGGCGGGCUUUAAAGAGAAAGUUGGAUCACGGGAAGCGGGGACAAAGCAAAGCGACUGUUGAAAAUAACUCGGAGGCAGAGAAUAACACCAAUCCCGCAACAGAGACGACAUGCCCACCAGAGUCUCCGUGUGACAACAUCGAAGACAAGAAAGUACCCCAGGCCCCGGUCAAUAACACGGCUACCAGUGCAGCGGCUAAUGCCAAGAAUGCAAACAAACAACCACAACAUGGACCUAAAAUGAACGAAAAUCUUAAGAAAACUAAAAGCCAUGGUGAAGCAGAGGUCCAUGAGCCGAGCUGCGUGCGGGGGCCUCUCUGCGACAUCGACGCGACUAUCAUUCAUGUCAUCGACAUGUACAAGAAGCUGCCGGCGGCCGCUUUCAGAUCUUUCGUCAAGAAUAUUACUUGUUAUGCAUACAAGGAGCUACCGCAGAUCUUCCAAAUACGAGACACCACAAAGACGAAGAAGUCCAGACACGGGAACGAGCAGGGCAGCAAGAUCUGGCGUUGGAACUGGGUGCGCGGCAAGAGGUCGACAGAAAACGACGACAACUUUGCAGACAUCUCUAAUAGAAAUGAUGUCGAUUAUGACUACAUCGAUGAUGAUAAUAAUAACAUUGUUGAAAGCAAAUACCCAUCAGAGAAGAUACAGUACGUCCUAGGAAAUGAUAAGGAGGACUAUGACAAACUGUAUCUGGGCACAGACGGAGUAUACAGAGGGAGAGAGAACGAGAGAAGAAAGAGGAAAACGAUAGACAUGACGAGUGUAGUGAACGGCUUGACGAACUUACCUCCAUUGCGAGAGUUAGUGGAUGAGAUAUUCGUGAUCCGGGGCAAAUCUAUAUCGAUUUUCUGCAACGUGUCGGGCACGCCCGUGUACUCGGUGUCAAACUUGACGAAUAUGUUCCGCUACACGUGGACCGCGGAGAGGAAGUCCAUGCUCAACGCGCCCAACCUCAAGGUGGUCGGACCAUCGCUGGUGCUCAGCGCCAUCGAGCCCAGGAAUUUCGGGACGUACACCUGCUCGCAGGAUAAGAUCGUGGCGCGCAGUGUGAGAGUGAAUGUCAUAGAGAUACCUGAUUUCAACAUUGUGUUUACACCGCUUUACAAGUGCCUCGGCGAGUGUACUUAUGAGGACCUUGAGAAUAUACAGAACUUGGGCGUGGCGAUACAGAAGUCUUCGAACUGUUGUGGCAUCGUGUCAAGCUCCGCCCGCGUCGAUCAUCCUAUAUCACUAUCCGAUCAGCAAAACGAGGACCUACUUAAGCCAACUGUGGUGAUAACGGCAGUGGCGCCGGCGGGUAUCGAGUGCGGGCCAGAAUGCCGGCGCGACCUCACGUGCUCCAUCGCGCUGCUGUGGGCCAGCAAUGCGCCAGCACUUACCACCGUCAAAGUUGUAAUAAUUUACGACAAGUUUAACAACACACUGACCCCAGUGGAUAACAACCUGCCCAAGAUGUCGAUAUCGAAGAAACUGAAAACUAAAGACUCGAACGGUCACCGGGAGUACCAGGUGCUGUCGCGGUCCAUGUCCCCCGGCGACGUGGACGUGGUGGUGGCAUGCCCCGCCGGGUACUACCUGCUCACUGACCAGAAGAUUUGUGCGGUGUGCCCAGCCAACACGUGCGCGGCGGCGGGCGAGAACACGUGCUCGCCGUGCCCGCGCGGCACGCACGCGGAGCCCGGCGCCGCCGCCUGCCGCCUCGGCCUCAGUCGCCUGCACAGAACCCAGUAUUUCAGUCACAGGGGUGGCAGUGGUGGCAGCGAGGUGCGGGGUGGCGCGCCUGCCCGUGGCGCUGGUGGCAGUGGGGUGUGGCUGCAUGUGGCCUGCUGUGCGCUGGCUGCGCUUGCGCUGCGGCGGGGGGUCUGAGUGCGCGCCGCCAAGCCCCCUGCGUCCCACCCACCGCCGCGCCCGCGCCCGCCGCGCCCCCCGCGCCCGGUGCGGUCCCGCGACAUCACCACUAUUGUACUUACGUUGCUUUAAACUCUCAACGCUCAGAGGACGGCCUAUCGGAAAACCACUGCGGGCGAAAAUGCUCGCUUACCAGUUAUUUAACCGAGCGAUGUUGCGGCGGCCUGCGCCGGCUGCGGCGGCCGCUGUCCCCGUCGCGCGUCAUACUAGAACGACUCUACAAGCGAUCCCAAUCUUCGUCCAGAGCGACUGAUUCUCAAGACACAAAGUUUGUGAUAACAGAAAGUAUGAUGUCCGAGGUAGUUCCACCUCCCCUGCCACCUAUAGAUUUCGAGUGAUACAAUUCCAGGGAUCAUCUCUUACUUGUCGCUAUUUUAAAAUGAUCAUUUAUUGUACAGUGACAAACAGUUUCUCUCACAUAAAUUUCUAGGAAAUAAUAAUUGUGAUCGAAUAAAAAUUAAAGUUGACAGAUAAUACUCAACCAAUGUAUUCAAUAUACGAUAUUCACUCAAUAUUGUUUAUAAUUCAAGUAGGAAAAUGAAAGACAAAGUCUUUCUAGAAUUGUGGUCACCCUACAGAUGCUGAAAACAAUAGAAAUAGUUUUUUUUUUUAAAUUUGAACGAACACUAGUCCGGAUUAUUUGUUGAUACAUACGGAUCGUGCAACGUGUUUUUCUUUUUCUAAAGAGUUUAUCGAUGUUAUAUAAUGUUGUCUUUCUAAGCGUAUUUUGUGGUUACUUUUAGAUAUCGUGUAUUUAAGGAGGCAUUUAGAUAGGUACCUAUUUGCUAAGAGUUAUUAUUUGUGUACUAACACUGUUACUUAUGUUUGGCUUAAGUUUAAAUAAAGUACAGUGAUGCGGU